GUGGCUGAGAUGCUACGUGAAUAUAAACUGAGCAACUGGAGCGUUUUGUUGAUAAAAAUGUUCAAUAAACUUGUUGUUCAGUCGUGUGUCGAGAUUACACAGUGCUAGUGAAGAUUAGGAUUGUUAUUGUCGCGAUAAAUACUGAAUGAUUUUCUGAUUCUGGCGAUUUGCUCGACUGGAACGUUUCAAAGGAUAUGCCUGGAAACACAAGCACGAGCUUCGGACUGCACUAGCGUACCCGUUUCUAUAGCAACGUAUAACACACUUGCGCGAGCAAGUCAUGGUCCGCAUCAGCGAGGAUCUGAUCCGCCGCAGAGCAGAGCACAAUAAUGGGGAGAUCUUCUCCCUGGAGGAGGUUUCCCUCCAUCAGCAGGACAUCGAGAGGAUCGAGCUUAUCGACAAAUGGUGCAGAGACCUCAAAAUCCUCUACUUACAGAACAACCUCAUCCCAAAGAUAGAAAAUGUGAGCAGACUAAAGAAGCUGGAGUAUCUAAAUCUUGCACUGAACAACAUAGAAGUCAUCGAGAAUUUAGAAGGCUGUGAGAGUUUACAGAAACUAGACCUGACGGUGAAUUUUGUGGGUAAGCUGAGCAGUGUGGAGUCUCUGAAGCAGAACGUUCUUCUCAGAGAACUCUACCUGGUGGGAAACCCCUGUACUGAAUUUCACGGAUACAGACAAUAUGUGGUGGCAUGUCUGCCGCAACUACAGUGGUUGGAUGGGAAAGAAAUCAGACGAGGUGAGCGUAUUCAGGCCCUGCAGGAACUGGAUGCAGUGAGGAGACUUGUUUUUGAGCAGGAGGCAGAGUAUUUAGAGAAAAGAGAGGAACAGAAAAAGAGUGGUUUGAAAGAGACAACAGAAAAGCAGGACGAUCCUCAUAUAAACCAUUUGCUGUCUGAAAACCAAAAUGGGACCCAUCAGAAUCCAGGAACAAGCUCCAAGGUUUCCACUGAGGAUAAAGAGAAGGAGUUUUGGGAAAAGCCAUGCUCAUUCACACCAGAAUCCAGACUAGAGGCCCAUCGCCAUCUGGAGGACAAGAGGAGGGCCAAAGAGAAAGAGAGAGAGAAGCCUAAAACCAAAACCACUAGAAGUCUGAUUACUGCAGAUGGACGAGUGCUGAAUGUCAAUGAGCCCAAGUUGGACUUCAGUCUCACUGAGGAUGAGAACAACUACAUAUAUUUGGAAAUACAUGUUUACAGGCAUAUGGACACCUCACUGCUGGAUGUGGAUGUUCAGCCAACAUACGUGAGAGUGUCCGUCAAAGGAAAGGUGUUCCAGCUGGUUUUGCCUGCAGAAGUGAAGCCUGACAGCAGCACAGCACAGAGAUCCCAAACCACCGGCCACCUGCUCCUCAUCCUCCCUCUGGCACAUGGAGAGAUAAAACCAAAGAAACCCAUUGCCAGGCCAAGCAGUGUCACCAGUAAGCAAAAUAUCAAGAAAGCGACCAGGGCAGCGGCAGGGCGUGAAUUACUGGAGGUGGAUCCCGGUCUGGCUGGGAGUCUGGCCAACAUUGUUCCCAAAGGAAAGGAGUCUUCCCACAAGCCCCUGCAGCUAUUGCAGCCUCACCAGCGCUGUGGUGUUGAGGAAAGGCCUGUGUCAAAGGACUUCGUGGAUGAUCCAGAAGUGCCUCCACUUAUCUGAGCGAGAAAGAGAGAGAAUAUGCUAUUACAUGACACAGCAAGAGAGCAUAAGCCUAACCACACUCUCUGCUGAGCUCGUGGAAGUGUGUGUGUGAGAUAUAUUUAGUUCUAUUCAUUAGACAUACAGUUAAGCAGAUGAGUAAUUUUCAGUCUCAUUAAAGCUUGCUGAAUAUUUCACUGCUACGCAUUCUUAACUUUCAGUGUGUUCUUUCUCUGUCAAACACACACACACACACACACAGA